AGGACUUAAUGUCUUGAAGCUAUUUUGCCACAGAAAUCAGGAUUGCAGUUUUAUAUAUAAAGUUUAGUGACUUACAAUAUAAGCAGCCAAAAUUUAUGUUUAAUGUUAAUGAAUUAUGGUGUUAUUUAUCCUGGAACGCUGCUGAUCAUGAUCAUCUUGCUUGGUUACAGAAAACAGAGUCAGUAGAUGGAAAUUUCUCGAUGGAUGAUCUCUAUCAGACAGGAGGCCCUGAUCAGUUGGAGGAAGCAGGAUAUGAUGUAACGUGCAUUGGUCUUUUAUCGGAAGAUGAAGAUCACAUUAGAAAGAUCAAUGAAUUUCAAGCUUACCUUGACAUGGUUAUGAGGAUGGUGAAGCCUGGUUGUUCACCAGAAGUGUUGAAUGUGGCCUUGAACUCCAUGUCCUCCCUCGCAGACAUUCUAGCCUUUAUGUCCUCACUUAAACUUCAUUCUUCUCUUUGAAACAAUAUUAAUGCUUCCCCAUGCUCAUGUCAUACAUUUGUAAUAUUCAAUAGAAAUUAAUGGUUUUGCAUGAACCAAAUAUUUUCUCCUUAUGCAUCAAAAAGAUAUUCUAAUUAUGAAAAAGAUGCAUGAUUCGAAUUUAUGUUGGACUUGAGUCCUCAUAUUUUCAACUAUAGGCACACUACAAAUUAU